CCUGUUGUCUCUACUUUCCAACCGUCGGCUCUGUGAGGCUGCUUCACCCACACUGCAGCUCGACUACUCCCGGCAGAGGUGCUGUUCUAAAACACACUCAUCCACACACACCGCCUUGUCACGUCCUGGAACUGUUCAGACAUACCUUGCCGGCUUUAGCUACCGACUUCUGCACUACCACCACCCGUAGAGAGGCUUAAAACAAAACCGAGGAAAACUAACUCAAGAGCGCGAGGCUGGUCAACGCGACCAUUUGGCGUCUACCGACCAACCGACCCCCCCGCCCCCUCCGCCACAAUCGGCUGACGUCGGUUGGUGGAUCUUUGGAGCUCGAAAAGAGGAGGAGUCUGUCGGUGAGCGAAAAACGGAGAGCAGUCGCUCGAGUCCGCCGAUACAGAUUGUUGUUGUUGUGGCACAGCGCACUGGUUUUUCCUCUGAUUGUUGAAACCGGCGGACUCGUUGCUCGUCUAAUAACCACAUCCUGACCGCAACGGCAGUACACAGCAGUCUCCGGAGGAGUUGGUCGCCGGUAGGAAGAGGAGGAGCAGAGGAGACAGUCUGCUACAGACCAACAGUGAAAAUCGCGGGAACAUCUUCGGACAACGCGAAGAGUCGGUGAGUCCAGGUUGUCAACGAAUCCUGUGGUAAAUCCAUGACCAGGAACCUUUUGGCUUGAAGGCAGCAAUGGAAGUUGUUGUGACAGAGGAGAAGAAGAAGAUUUUCCGUGCUAGGAAAACCAUGAAGAUCAGUGAUCGACAGCAACUGGAGACCCUUCACAGCACUUUGUUGACAUCGGCUCCAGGUUUGUCCAACCCAUCUCCACCUCCUCUAAUGAAUGGCACGCAUAAAGAGGAUGGACAAAAAGUGGGUGACAAAGAGCAAAACAACAUUUCGGACUCAAACUCCCCACGUGCCGCAUCACCAGGCUCUCCAGCCUCUCUGAGCUCUCCUGCACCAUUCCUCUCCCUAAAUCUGUCUCCUUCUCCAGCCUCCUCACAAAGUCCAAAAGCAGAGGAAGAAACUACUUCUCCCACGUCACCAUUCCAGUCCAUAAACUUUGAAUUGAAAAAGAUAGAGGACGAGGAGGAGGUUGAGGUGAAGAAAGAUUGUUCACCGUCCUCUUUAAAUGAGUCCGCUACACCAGCAUCAACAGAAUGUAAGGAGCAAAAGGAAAAGGACACUGAAGCGAUCCCAGCAGUGGAAAAGAAGGAGGAGAAACCGACUAAAACGGAUGACCCAACUGUGGAUUCGUCAAAGGAUCCUGUUAAAGGUUCAGUUUCAUGCUCGCCUGUGCCACCGCCCGUAUCUGAAUGCACAGAACCAAUGGAUACAGAUAGUGACACAACAAAGGCCACAGACCCUGAGGUCUCCACAGCCAAAAUAAAAGACGAAAAGCCUUCCUCCACCAAACUUGCCACUUCCGAUAUUUCCUCUUCUUCUUGUCCUUCCUCAUCUCAUCCAGCUUCCUCUUCAUGUACGGAUCGAAAACAAACAUUGGAAAUCAAAGAGGAUAACAUCAAAGACAAGGAGAAUGACAAAGCAGAUGUGAAGAAAGGAUCAAUAUAUGAGGCUAAGAUGGAAGUGGACUCAGUGAAAGUGGAUCCCAAAAAGGAAAAAAGUGAAGUUCGACAAACUACAAAGCCAUCUCGACCGUCAUCCACUCCACCAACAAAUACAGCAGCGCAGGAGGAGAAGAGCUCGACCUCGGGACUAAAGCGCACUUUAUCGGAGGGUUAUGAAAAAGACGAACAAACUGUGAAAAAAGAAGGGAAGAGGCCCAAAGUGGAGCGUGAGGAGCUGGAGGCCCAACUGGAACUUAAAAUUACUGCAAAAGCAGGCAGUCACCAUAAACUUGGACAGAUUGUGCAACAGCUAGUGGAUGAACGAUUGAGGGUCUUGGAGCUGACCAUUUUUGACAAGCAUUUCCAAGACUUGAAGGAUAGAGUUGACAAAAUUGAUUGUGCCACUAAACAUCAAACCGCCAUUAACACACUCCAAGCCAAGAUAGCUCGGCUAGCAAAAAAGUUUGGAGAGGCCAAUCAGGCAUCAGAGAACAAAAGGAAACAAGAGGCUCUUGCUGCUGUUACUGCUGCUGCUGCCGCUACUGCUGCCAAGACUGCAACUGUUACAAACAACCCUCAAGCUCAGCGGCCGGUCCGGACUUCCAUGGAGGUAAAGCAGACUCCAACAAGUGUUUCUUCCUCCAUCACAGCUGCAAUUUCAACACCAGCAGCUCUGCCAGUUCCCACUGCAGCUCCAGCUCCAGUCCCUGCCCCUGUCUCAACUUCCACUUCCACUGCAAUGGUUUCACAAACCCCCAUUCUCCAGCUGAUCACCUCCACCUCUAAUGCUGCCUCCACCUUGGCAACUGCCAUCACCACUCAAAGUCCAACAGGCACCCUGCUGCUGAAGACGGCUCCCGGGAGCGGCAUGAUGGCUACAGGCCAGCCGCUCCUCAUCCAGCUUCCUUUAUCAGUGAAUGGCCAGGCAGGAACGCUGGUCAACAUCCCUGUGUCCUCUUUGUCUGCAGCCAGUUCUCUGAACAAGGCCAAAACCACUGCUUCCACCACCACCUUUAUACUCAAGCCUGCUCCUGCCACUACCACAGCACCAGCGUCUGCUUCAGCUGUUGCUACUGUCCCAGCCCUGCAGGCCUCCACUGGUCAGAUGUCUUCUACCCAGAUCUCGCUUGCUCGUGCUGUGUAUCAAGGGGGCGCUGGGGGAAUAACUACACCGAAUGCUGGGGUUUCUGUGACCACAGCCAGGACACCAGCUCAAUCUGUCUCUGUAGUCGGAGCUAUGUCAUCAGCCUCAUCACCUGCAACUUCUGGGCCAGCAGCAACAGGUUCCACUGCUCCAGGACCCCCACAAGGGACAUCACUGACAUCAAAGACAGACAAUCAAGCUACCGGAACCACUCCAUCCAAAGCAGCUGUGCCAGUAGCACGACCCAAAGGCUCUGUCAUCGAUCUCACCGAGGACGAUGACGAUGUACAAGUGACCGGAGUGAAAAGUGCCACGGUUACAACUCCUUCACCUACUGUCCGUUCUACCACAGUCGUCAGCAUUCCCAACAGUGCAGGAGCAAGGUCAUCUCCACUCAGCAAUCAGAACUCGUCCAGCAAUCCUCAAUUGACAGUGCAUCACCGCCCCCCACUGGACUCUCCUAUGAAAUCCCGCACGGUAACCACUACUACACCAGCUCGAAGCUCCAGCAUGACACUUCCUCCUCUUCCCGUUGCUCCCGCACCGCCACGUUUACCCCCCGAGGCCGAACGGACCUCACCUCCUCAACAACCUCAGCUGAAGCUGGUGCCGAGUCAGACCGGUAUAGUGCUGUCCUGGUGUGUGGCAGAAACUGAUCGGACCUGCGCGACUGUAGAAAGCUAUCACCUUUAUGCCUUCCAUCAAGACAACUCUAGCAGCAAUGCAGCUCAGCAGCACUGGAAGAAGAUUGGGGAGGUGAAGGCCCUUCCUCUACCUAUGGCCUGUACACUGACCCAGUUCCAGUCUGGCUCUACGUACCAUUUUGCUGUUCGAGCCAAAGACAUCUAUGGGCGCUUCGGCUGCUUCUGUGAACCUCAGUGCACAAAUGUCAUAAGUUCCAGCUCUAGCUGAACCGUUAAGGAACAGAGACAAUUUUUUGCCUUUGAACGUUUAUGACUUCUUGUGUUAGGAAGUCGAAUAUUGUGCGUUGAACACAUACAGUAUCUGUAAAUAUCUCUCCACAUAACAACUGGACUACUGACUGACUUGGAGAACUGAAGUGGCAAACAGUUGUUUUUGUCUGGUUCAUUGUAAUGUAUUUUUUGUGACUUAAGCUGUUGUGUAUAUAAUUGAAUUAAUUUUGCCCCUCUACCAAGUCAGAUAUUUAUGUUGUCCUCUCCUGUUACUCAGACCCAGAUCUUUUUUUUCUUUACUUGAGGAUAGGUAACAGGAUUAUUCAUAUGAACUCAAUUGCACAGAAAUGUAUAAACAUGUGGUAGAAAUGGAAUGAUAACUUUUGUAAGUUUUGUCUGGCAACCAGACUUUGACAAGCAUAAUAAAAGGUUUUAUUAAAUCUA